AUGUAACGACGACUCCUUGGCAACACGGAAUUUAAAUAAGAAACGAAUUGUUACGUAUUAUCAGAGUGCACAGCAAAUUGGAUAUUGUUGUUGUUUAAGUUCACAUAGAACUAAAGUGAAAUGGACCGAUCCACACGUAUCAAACGCUAUCAUGUGCCCACGUUAAACGAUACCGAGACUUUGGCGGACACCGUACCGUUCAAAAUUGAAUGGUCGUACGGAUGGAACCUAACGAUGGGGUUGAAGAUCAUUGUCAAUGAUAAAAGUAAAAAAAAUCAAAAAAAAUUACAAAUGUUUUAUGCCAGCACGCACGUCGGUAUCAUAUCGGAGUACAAUAUCGAAACGAAAAAAACUCAAAUGAAAAUAUUAAACGGCCACAAUAAUUUCAUUAGUAGCUUCGACGUGUCAACCAAUGGCCGCUGGCUGGUCACCGCCGACAAUGGACACGACUCGGUUCUUGUAGUUUGGGAAAUAGCUCAAGGGACUCCGAUAUUCACAGCGUUUUUGCCACCUAACGUAGGAGUGGUUGCCGUUAAGUUUAGCAUCAACUCAAAAUACUUGGUCACUGUAUCGUCGACUCUCGACAGCGGCGCACAAUCCAUUGGUUUGUGGGACUGGACUUCGGGCGCAGAAGAGCCAAAACAUUCAGCUCAACUCGGUGCUGAAACCGAUCCGGUCUUGCACAUAGCCACUUGUCCGAAUCGGUCGAAUUUCUAUUGCUUCACUACCAAAAAAAUGAUCGUUUUCCUGACCGUGGACAAAGUGGACGAUAAAACCGUAUUGGCCGUCCAUAAUCCCGGACUCGAUCCGGAACAGAAAGAACACCAGUACACGCAGUCAGUGUACAUAACCAACUUCCGGCAAGUGUUGUCGGCUUCUACCGGAGGUAACGUGUCGGUGUGGGACGAUUAUGAUUAUAAUUCGCUGGAGAUCACCGAAACGCCUAUAAAGAACGAAAAACGUUUGUUGAAAACCGUACGGCUUCAAAACUGUGCCAUCAACACUAUAAUCUGCCAAAAAGUUAUAAUGACGGGCAACGCAAACGGCGACAUAUUCUUCUACGACAAGACAUUGCGGAUUUUGUAUCAUCUAAAAAAAUUCGUCGGCGACUCCAUAGUGUCGAUAUCCAUGUUAACGUCCAUCGACAAAUGCACGGAAAUAGACACAAUCGAAGAACCAGUGCAAUGUGUGAAUUCGCGUAAGAAGAAAUGCGCCGGUCCCGACAACGCCAAAGACUUUGCUAUUCCAAACGAGCCGCAAUUGAAAUUCGAUUCGUUCGUCUUGAGCACUGGCAACGGUAGAAUCAUCCUGGUAGAGGUGGCCGAUCAAAAUUUCAUUCAAAUCCAGGAACCGUGCGACGGAUCGGUCACUUCGUCGACAGUGCACCCCGAACAGACGUUCAUUGUGUUCGGCAGUUCCCUCGGCAGACUCAACAUGUACAAUUAUCACGACAAACAGUUUCUGAUCUCGUACGUCAUCGCCAGCGACCACCAACCGCCGUCUGACAGCCGAUACAUUACCAACAUCGAGUUCUCCCCCAAAGGCAAGUACUACUACUUUGUCAAUAGCCAUAGGCGUGACUGUUUCCGGUAUAGGUUUUUACUUGUGCUGCGGCACGGCCGACGGAUCUUUUUGGUUUCUCAAUCCUUGUCUGUUGACACCAACCAUCCCGGUGCCGUUCAAAUCGGGCAACACCGCAAUCAGUCACAUCACUUUUAGCCCGAGCGUGUCCAAGUACGAUUCGUCCAAGUUUGUCGUGACCAAACGUUCCGUUUGCAUUUUUACACUAUGGUGCCG